ACAUACGGACAUGUAUGCCACGGCUCAUCGAGAGUCUAUUCUGCUCAGCCAAGAUCCAUGCUCGCACAUUACCAUUUCGCCAAUCGUACAGGACGUGGCGGUCAGUAUGUAGGAUGCGCAUAUGCGACGUGCGUCAUGGGACGCCACCACGCUGCUCCUCCCGAUGUAUCGCACGGUCGGCUCAGUUGCUGAUAUCUUCGGCGAGUGAAUGCCCCGGUUGAUCAGAAGCUGCUUCGGCAUGCACUGGCAUAAGUAUAUGUGAUCGCUCCAUCAUAGCGGCGUGGCUUUCGCCGCUUGCUGCUCACCGUCUUUCGUCUGUGCGCGCACGGUACCAAUCAUGCCGGUUUACAUCGCAGGCACAAAUGCGAGGACACCCAUUACUUCGAUCGCUCUACAAUCGAUUAUUUAUGGCUUCUCAUGCUGCAUGUUCGGCAUAACGGUGUGGGUUCUCGGGGUUCAGCGUGGUCUGCGGGGAAGCUAUCUCAUGCUCGUGACCGCGUUCUUGCUGUGGGCUUUGCCGACUAUCCGACUCUGCAUCGACAUCAACCUUACCGUCACCGCGUUCGUUGACCACAUUGAUGAAGGACAGCUCGGUCCGCAGCAAUACCUAUCCACGUUCUCCACGCCUGUGUCGCUCACGGACAAUGCGAUAUACGGUCUCCAGACACUUAUUGGUGAUGCGGUAGUGAUAUACCGCUGCUACAUCGUCUGGCAGACCUGGUGGGUCGUUGUUCUACCGUGCAUUGCAUGGAUAGGUGGUCUAGGAAGUAUGAUGUACAUCUUAUACAUGUUCGCGAGCGGCGUCAUCAAUGGCGAGCGCGGCCUCCUCAUUUAUAUCUUCACUUUUGUAGCAAACGGGUCAGCAACUGUUCUCCUUGCAUACAAGAUCUGGACCGUUGAACGCGACGCGAGGAAGAGCGGCGUUAAGCGUGGCCAUAGUAGUCUCUGGCCCGUCCUGCUUGUGAUCAUCGAGUCGGGAGCGCUCUACACAGCAAUCCUCAUUGUCGCGUUGGUGACGGCUAUACAUGCUCUCCAGGUUGAGUAUGUCAUCAACAGCUUCAUCCCUGCACUCAUCUCGGUCAUCUUCAAUACCAUUUUCAUUCGUAUCGGGCUCAGCAGACGAUCGGCCUCUACAAGCGGGGACUCGAGUAGUGCGCCAAUGGACUCGAUCGUCUUCGCACCCCCCAAUUUUAACAGGAGCGAGAAGGAUGUUGCAACCCACUUGUCGACUGUCCACCCUGAGCUCUUACAGAGUCCAUCUUCUGCGGGUGAGAGUGAAAUAUCCCCGGUAUAGCUGUGGGAGUCAGCGUCGGAGGUGACGGAUCUGUACUGCCGGCGCAGCUGACUCUGAUUUAUCAUUACUUGUAAAUACUUCAUUAGCUGGCUUGUUAUAUGAGUACACUCACUUGGAAGCUUUUUGUACCAGUAUGAGG